ACAACUAGUUUCAUAAACCCUUUACCCUUGCUGCAUCUACAUUUUACACUGAGCUGCUUCUUGCAAGUGCUAGAUUCAGAGCGAGCGAGCGAGCAAGAUAGAGAAAAUGGCGUACAUAAGCAUGGGGGAAGCUCACAGAAGAAUUAUGGAUUACCUGAAUACCUUCUCCGACGCCAUUGCUACACAAGACGGAGCUUUACUUCGCCGCCUACUUUCUCUCUCUUCCAACAAUCCCAAACUCCUCUCUGUUGCCGACGCCCUUAAUGUUUUCCAGGAUGUUAGUAGAUUGAUCAGACAAUCAAGUGAAACUUUGUCUCCUUUACUUCGAUCUUUACAAUGUUAUAAGCUGGAUCAAUUGGUUGAUGCUUAUAAUUCCUAUGAGAAAUUUGCCAAUGCCUUCAUACAGGAAUUUCGGAAUUGGGAAUCGGCAUGGGCGUUGGAAGCUCUGUAUGUUGUUGCUUAUGAGAUUAGGAUUAUUGCUGAGAGGGCUGACCGAGAGUUGGCAUCAAAUGGCAAAACUCCUGACAAAUUGAAGGCAGCUGGUUCGUUUCUUAUGAAAGUGUUUGGGGUCCUUGCUGGAAAAGGGCCAAAACGUGUUGGAGCCUUGCAUGUGACCUGCCAGUUGUUCAAAGUCUAUUUUAAGCUUGGGACAGUCCAUCUCUGUCGUAGUGUAAUACGAAGCAUUGAGACUGCUCGCAUAUUUGAUUUUGAGGAGUUUCCGACCAGAGAUAAGGUGACUUACAUGUAUUAUACGGGCAGACUUGAAGUUUUCAAUGAAAAUUUUCCAGCUGCCGAUCAGAAAUUGUCAUAUGCCCUUGCUCAUUGCCAUCCUGACCAUGAAGCGAAUAUAAGGAUGAUCCUGAAGUACUUGAUACCCGUAAAGCUUUCAAUAGGUAUCCUGCCUGGAGAUCUACUUUUGGAGAGAAACAAUCUUCUUGAGUACAGGGAUGUUGUCCUAGCUCUUAGAAGGGGUGACAUCCGACUAUUACGGUGUGCUCUCCAACAGCAUGAAGAUAGGUUCUUGAGAUCAGGUGUCUACCUCGUAUUAGAAAAACUUGAGCUGCAGGUUUACAGAAGAUUACUAAAAAAAAUCUACAUCAUCCAAAAACACAAAGAUCCAAGUAAAGCGCAUCAGGUGAAAUUGGACAUAAUAGUCAAAGCGCUAAAGUGGCUUCAGAUAGACAUGGAUGUUGAUGAGGUGGAAUGUAUAGUGGCCAUUCUAAUAUACAAAAACCUUAUCAAAGGGUAUUUUGCACACAAGAGUAAAGUUGUAGUUCUGAGCAAACAAGACCCAUUCCCCAAAUUAAAUGGCAAGCCGGUGGGUUUGUAAUACUCGGAAGGGGAUAAUAUCUUUCAAAUUGACAUGCUGCUGGUCAAGGCCUCAAACUGGUUGAUGCAAAACAAGUUGAUCUCUGCAUUUCUUCCUGACUGCUCGCUCUGAACAAUUGAUAUUUGCUAAGGAUGAAAUCAACCCGGCCAUGUCCAUGACGCAGAUAUGCCGAUUGUACAUUGUGAGAUAGCGAUGUUGAAUUUUUAUAGUGGUGUUGGAGUUAGGUUUUCCAAAACAGUUUGUGUAAUGGGUUAUGGUAUAUGUGUCCAUUGUUUCUCCUCCUUUUUUAGUUGAUGAGGUACCGAAUGUUUUGCAGCGAUAAAGGGAGCGAGGCAUCUCAUUAACAUCCUAUCUGUAGUGGGUAUGGACUAUUUGACGACAAGAACAAUUUUACUUUUAUGUUUGUAGAUGAUCUGUUUUUAGCCAGCGACAAAAAUCUGGAGAGAAAAAAGAAGACGGAGGAAAACUCGAAAUUGAAAAAUAUUAUAAGCUUUCCGCGCCGAGUUGUAUCACUGUUUGGAUAUUUGGUUCAGUGGUUCGACGGGCCGCAAAUCAACAAACCUUUGUUGAACAGACGCACAUUCGACUCCGGCAGAAGGGCUUUUUACCAAUUUAGUAUUUCUGUUUUUUUGGUCUGCAACUCCACUUUUUUGUUUCUUUCAUUUACUAUUUUUGUAAGUUUACUUUUUUGUUUUUUCUGAAUUCAGAUACAGCUACUUUUCAAUUUUAUUUUGGUUUAAAGUUUUGUAGGCCA